UUACAAUUUAAACUUAAAAAUCAAACGUCUUGACGUUAGGUCAUAGGUGAUAUGAUAAAAAAUUUCUGUUUAAUCAUAAUCAGGUAAUUUCAAUAAAUUUAAUCAACAUUUGUACACAAAAUUUGUUAUAAAAAAAUUGUACACAAAAGUUCGAUUGUUGGUUAGCAAUAUUUUCAAACAGUUGUGUAGCUUUUCUGCUCAACUUCUUUUUAGAUCUAAUAUUCAUCAAAUGGAAAGGCAAAUAUUUUUUAGUAUGUAUGUAUAUAUCGCUAGUUUAGCUUAGUUCAAGUAGUCUCAUUUUAUUUAGCUAAUUUAAAAUUAACAUAUAGGCUUUAAUUAGUGACUAAUGAAAUGGAUGGGAAUAGUGAAUUGCUUAUCAUUCCUUAUAAUUUAUAUCAUUUAUAAUGAAUAUUUGUUCUUAUGAUUUCUUUACAUUUCUUAAUAUUUAAAGAAUAAUAGUCUACAAUAAUUUUUAAUCAAAUUAGAAGAGGAAUAGGUUUUCCUCUUAUUUUAUUCCUUUCAUUUAUUUUCUUUUUAUUUUUCAGACUCCUUUAAUAGUUACCAGCUAGAGCCAUAGUGAUUUUAUAUCUAAGUUUAAAUUUUUUGUUUCCAAAUUUAGAUCCACUAUAUUUGAAUAGAAGUUUUAAUAUCAAUCUAAUAGAAACCACCCUCCAAACACGAAUUGUUUUGUUAAAAGUUUGUCAAAUUUUAUUUAAAGAAAAAAUAUUUAAUUUUUUUGUUACAAGAUUUUUUCUUAACAAAAGAAAAAAGGUGACAAUUUCUUUCCCAAUAAUAAUAUCAUAUAGCACUAUAUAUACUAAAAACAAAAUCAAGCUCACAUUCUAUAUAUUCAUUAACUAAAAUUUAAAUAUUAAAUUUCUCAUAUUUUCAAAUUUUGAAUCAUAUUUACUCAUGAAAUAAUAGUUUAAAUUAAUUUACACCCAAACCACGGCUGACCACGAUUAAGUUUGGUUUAUUGUGUACCAACACAAUUAACAAUAAGAUACAAAUCAAAAUUUAAAUUAAACUGAUUUGUUGAGUUAUAACCUAAACCUAAUAGGAAACCCAAUAAUACAUUAUUGUCGGUUUAGAUGGUUUGCUAUUUGAUUUAGAGUCCUGUUUGGGAACGCGCUAGGUGCUAGUCGGACGGUCGGGUUAGGCCUAGCAACUAAAAAAAAAAUCGGGGAUUAAUCAGAAAUUAUAUGGAGCAGAAUUUUUAGAUUGUUUACUAUGUUAUAAAACAUGUUAAUCUUUAGUUGUUUAUAAUAUUAAUACAUUUUUAUAAUUUAAGACUGUAUAAAACACACAAAUAGAAUAUAUAAACUGUGUAAUUUUUAUCAAAAUUAUAAAUAUAAAUGAUAUUUAUAAAAUUUUAGAUAAAAAAAUAAAUAAAAUAUUAUUAAAAAUAAAAUAAAAAUAAAAAUAAAAAUACACUAGGCGGCUAGGCCGUCGUUUAGACGGUGUAGGCGGGGAAAAUCGGAUAUCUGAUUUUUUAAACCGAUUUGGCAUAAAUCGAGGCGGAAAAGUGAUGCGUAACGUCAAAGUUUAGCUGAUUUUUAGAACAUGGAUUUAGAGUUUAACCUAAUAAGUAGUUUUAGUUUAGAUUGUGAUUGGUAGUUUGUGAUUAAAUAUGUUUUAGUACACAGUAAACCAAAUUUAAUCGUGGUUUGAAUAUAAAUUGUUCGAACUAUUAAUUCAUGGGUAAACAUGAUUCAAGUUUUGAAGUCAAAGAGAAAUUGAUAUUUAAUUUUUAUUUGAUAAUAUAUAUAGAAUAUGAGUUUAUAUAUGAAAUAAAAAUAAUCGUCACCCACCAAAGACACAGAGAAAGGUUCAGCACGUGAUUUGACCAAAAAAAAAAAAAAGUUCAGCACGUGACAUGCAAGACUUUGCUGACCCAGCAACGGUGCCAUUUUGGCAUUUUCCAUCACGUCUCUUCUUCAAUCUUCACACCUUUUUUUUUUUAACACUAAAAAAAAAAAAAGAAGAAAGAAAAUGUGUGAAGAUUGAAGAAGAGACGUGAUGGAAAAUGGCACCGUUGCUGGGUCAGCAAAGUCUUGCAUGUCACACCUUACUUUUAUGUUUCUAACAUAAAUGGCUAAUUUGGGUCAUCAGGUUGACCACAAGAACACUUGUUUAGAUGAGGUUAUUUUCACGAGCGUAGCCGACUGCUUACAAAGCUCACUAGAGAAGGCCUUCAAGUUCUCACUUUAUAAUUACCCUUGCCAACCGAUUUCACCGUCUAAUAUGGGCCAAAUAGUGAAUUACCGUUACUUAAACCUCAAUCCAAAUUCUCCAAUAGUCUCUUCUUCCUCCAAUGAAGCUGGCCCUAAAGAGAACGUGGGCGAUAAGAGCGGCCCAAUGGAGGAUCACAACGAAGGAGACCAACAUGGUGUUGGUGAAACCUCCAAGCAAUUGAGAAAACAAGGCAAAGGGAAAGGAGAGAAGAAAGAAAGAGAAGCUAGGGUUGCCUUUAUGACCAAAAGCGAGGUGGAUCAUCUUGAAGAUGGUUAUAGAUGGAGAAAAUAUGGACAAAAGGCCGUCAAGAACAGCCCCUAUCCAAGGAGUUACUAUAGGUGCACAACGCAGAAGUGUAACGUGAAGAAACGCGUAGAGAGAUCGUUUCAAGAUCCGUUGAUCGUAAUUACAACUUACGAAGGAAAGCACUACCAUCCAAUCCCAUCGACGUUGAGAGGUCCCAUGGUCGGGGAGAAUUUAUUAGGCCACCAUGGAAGUGCUAUCCUCCAUAGCUUCCCACGUUACCAUCAAGAGUUUCUUAUGAAGAAUCAACAUCCGGUCAAUUAUCAAUCAGCAGGAACUGUAACGUAUCAACGGUGUCAUGGUGACUCUACUAAUUAUAGUAAUCAUCAACAAGUUAUUGACUGUGGUCUUCUUCAGGACAUUGUUCCUUCAAAAUUCUUGAAGCAUGAAUCUUGAGAGAUAGUACUAGAGAUCUGAAUCUUUCUUUUUCAUAUGCGUAUAUAUAGAGUAUUUAUGAACACAUUAUAUAUAAGCAUAAAUUACUUAGCUUGUUGUAUAUAAACAUGUAUGUGUAUCUAUUUCAUGGACAGCCUACUUCUAAUUAAUUGAAAUUGUGGUUUUUAAAAGAGAUGAUUUGUGUAUAUGUUUUAA